GAACGCUGCUGUGUUUAGAGGGAAAGCGCUCAGGCCUAGAAAAACUACAGAAUUCGUGAAAAAAAUCCGUAAAUUUCCCAGAGUAAACAUUUCCGACAAACUAUGCCACGAAUAGCUGAGCAACAAUAUUUAUGCAGCAUUGGUGCACGUUUAGGGAUGUAACUAGGCGCACGAAGUGGUGUUUUGCGGUGCUUUAAAGUUUGUGGUAAGCGCAAGACUUAUUUUAUGCAAAUGCACAGACUAAAUAUAAGGCAAAAUCUCGUAAAUAUACCUAAUUACAUUCAUUCUUAGACAUCGAAAAUGUAAAAGGUUUAUAUCGAAUUAGAAAUUAGACAUGUUGCUCGACUACCAUCUUGAGGUCUGAUGUUGCCUGAACAAACAAGGUUCGUAAAAAUAAGUUACUUUGCGGCAUCUUUGGAUAUUUCUAAUUCGGCAAAAUCAUUCUUCGAUCGUUACCGAAUAUUGAAUGCCUGUGAAAGUUUUCUUUCAACUGUGUAGUUUCACUUGUUACUUUCUGCUUCUUUUGGCUAGUUUCGUACCCUGUUGCAUGCCGAAUCGGGAGGUGAUGUGUGUCUAAUGCUGCAUAGGGUUUUGCUGACUAAGAAAAGAGCAAAAGCUUUUAUAAAAAAUAUAGCCGGUUACAUUGAAAUCGUACACGAAUAAUGCUAUUCAUUCCAGAUUUUGUUUUAAUUUACUUCUAAAUAAAAUAUCGUAUUUCGUAGUGGUUUUAGUUACUUAUGUUAAAUGUGUGUUUAUUCAGUCUAGAAAAUUGUGUGAAACCGUAUAUUUUGUAUCUUAGAUAUUAUUCCUUAGUAAAUAUUUAAAAGUAAAGGGAUUUGGGUUACCCUGGUUAUACAACAGAUCUAAUAUUUUUAUUUGCAUCAUAAUCGAAGUUUUUGCACAUUUAUUAAACUGUUUGAUGAAAAGAUUUUUGUUAGUUUUAAGUUUAGAAUAAUGCUUAGAAGUGUAGGUUAUUUGUUCCUCCUUAAUUUACAAAACACCAGAAAAACAGCUUUAAACACUAAAAUCAAUUAAUAAUUUAGUAAUGACAUGUAAUGCAGACCAAAGUAGCACCUUUGUGAACUUCUAGAUGUUUGAGGGUUUAUUUUGUGAAAAACAUUCUUGGACUCCUUUUUGGGGGGAAUUAACCAUAUAUAAACUAUGCAUUUUUGAUUAUGAGCAAUUGCUCAUGUGAUUUAACCAGGGCAAAUAUUAUAGUUUGCUCUGUUUUCUCUACAAUUCAAUAACAGCCUUGUAGACUACACAGCAUGACCAGAACAAUCAUGAAGGACAUUGAAUAUGCAAAACGACUACUUACCAUCUCAAAAGAAGUUACAUAUCAGAGUUGGAGCGCUGAUGUACAAGCACACGCUCCCUAAAAACUGCCUAUAUAAAUGAGACAAUGUUCCAUGGGAAGGACCAGCUAAACAGCCACCUGCAGACGAACGAGUCCAGUAAGCCUGAAUUGCAGUGUGAAGAGUGUGGUAAACACUACAACACUCGCUUGGGUCUGAGGCGUCACGUGGCUACACACGCCACCUCUGUCACUGGCGACCUCACCUGCAAGGUGUGUCGUCAGGUGUUUGAGAGCAUGCCGACUCUGCUCGAACAUCUGAGCACGCACACAGGCCGGCCACCACCAGCGGGGGUCGUGAGGGAGAGGAAGCACCAGUGCGAGCGAUGCGGCCGUCGCUUCUUUACCCGCAAGGAUGUGAGACGCCAUGCUGUGGUGCACACAGGCAGAAGGGACUUCCUGUGCCCCCGCUGUGCCCAGCGUUUCGGCCGACGUGACCACCUCACCCGCCAUCUGAAGAAAAGUCAUGCCCAGGAGUUGGACACCCUCACCUCUCUGCCUCCUGGUGGUGGGAAAGAGGAUCCCAGCCCCACCAUGUGUACUUCUGGAUCCCCUAAGGAUGCCUCAGAAGCUUUUUCCAUGGGCAUGUUCAACCCUCAAGGUCUGCAGAGUGCCUCUACCUCAGGGGUCAGUCACCAUCAUUCACUGGUGACUGGCCCCCUCUCUAGCCCCAUGGGUGUGGGCUGCUACCUUGAGCCAAGCAAGUCCCAGCCACAACAGUAUCAUGACACUCACAGAUACCAGCCUGGCUCUGCUACCUCAUAUUUGAAAGCAGAGAUGGAGAACUUCCUGACAGAGCUCCAGUGUGGGCCUAUGCCACCACAAGCUUCAGCUGCAACCUCCACCUCAAGACCAGGCGACCUCCUCCCGGACAGUCUGGGAGGUCAGACUGCCCACUUCACCCUCAGAAACUCCGCCUUUGCCACGGCCGAGCCUUCAGCUACUGCUGCUAAUAUGGACCUCUCGCAUCUGUUGGGCUUCCUGCCGUUUGGCCUGCCACCUUACAGUGCCCCUUUGAGUUCAGGAGGCCUGGUGAUGGGAUACUCCACCACCACUACAGCUGGUUCUCCAAGUGCUACCUCUCAGCUCUCUGGGCCACUUGCUUCGUUUCAGCCACAGCAAAUGCAUGAGCCUCAGGCCUCAGGGCAUAUAAACCAGCUGUCUGGUUUCUCUCCUACUCUACCUCGAUUCCACCAGGCCUUCCAGCAGUAGUGCUAAGAGGACUUUGUGUUUAUUCUUAUUCUUAAACUGGUUUAGAAUCUCGUUUAUAUUUCUGCCAAAUGGCUUCUACGUGAACCCUCGUGUUCUGUGGUGCUCCUUGAUCAAAGAUGUAUGCAUUGCAGACAUUGGUCAUAUGAACUCUGGAAAAUGAAAAACAAGAUUUGUGAGUAAUUUGCUUUGGAUUGAGUAGAGUUUUUUUUUUUUAUAUACAAUAGUUUUACUUUAGAUUAGGUUUCCCGUUUCUUAUUAAGUCUUCCCUAUAUUUGAUUGUAGUGAUUUAUGAUUUAAUUUAGAUUCAUUUACAGAGAAUUCAACAUUGAACUAAAUUGAGGAAAUACCUCAUAAUAUUCUUGAAAAAGCAAAGAUUAUGACAGUGUUCUCAAUUGUAUAAUGAAGCACUUUCUCAGUCAGAAGCACUUCCUUGACUAAGAGUCAGUUUGAACUGUGGUCAUUUCAAAUCCCAACCUCAUUUUACAUAAUUUACAUAACCUACCUCUCUUAGUAGACUCCUCAUACUUGGAGUUCCCUCAUGGUGUUGAAUAAAGAAGCGAAACAAAUCCCCCUUGUGAAAUAGCUUCAGAUGAGUGCUUGUAGAGAACAUUAAUCCAGAGGGGAUUUUUUAGAGUGACUUUCAUUAGUAAUGAAAGUAAGUGAAGAGAAAUUGAUAGAGUCAGGUAUUAGCAAAAGUUAGCUCAUACUCAUAUUGUCUUUAGCUUUUAGGAAAAAGUAAAAAGGUGCUGUUCUAUUCAACACAUUGAUAAUGUAUGGAAAGAAAACUGGGAGUGAAGAGCAAUGUUUGUUUUGUUUUCUGAUAUUCUUCAUUUCUUUUUUCAUUCCAUAUAUUUAAUUGUUAGGACAGACAUAAAAAAAAAGUUUAUUUUGCUGUAUCUGAUUUUAAGAAGCCUUGACAAGCCUAUUUUUAUUUUAUUUAGAAAUGUAACAAAAUGUAACAUUAUCAAAAUGAAGUAGCCCAUUCUGAUUCCUGAUUGACAUGUUCCUGCAGUGGGGAUUCAGUAAACUGAGUCUUUAUAACCUCUAUCCUUAUGACUUGAUUCACUGAAAUAGGUUAAUGCUCUCAGUAAAUUUCCAUAUUUAAACCUUUUAGCCUAUAUCUGCUAGUUGUAAAAGACCUUCAAUAAAUAUAAUUUGUUUUGGUUCAUUUGAUCCAACAGGAAAUGUAGAGUAUUUGUUUUGUUCCUGUUGCCUUCUCCACAAAAAAUGAUACAUGAUUGAGUGGCCUGUGCAGUUACUGUGAUGCAGUGUUAGGGAUGUUUCCAUUCAAGUCUAAAAAUCAGACAACUCAGGAGCAGAAUUCAGUUCAGGAGAUAAUCAGGAGAUUAAUUACAUUUGUGCAGUGGAGAAAAAUAAAUCGCCCAGGUUGGUAUGGAAUGGAACCCAACGUGAGUGUGCUGUGUUUGGACUCGGACCUAACUACCUCAGAGGGCACUGUGCUUGGCUGUACUGUACCUUCCAGUGAGAAUGAUUUCUGUUUUUAUGUGGGUAUCUCACUGGAGUAAGAUGUUUUACAUCUUUAUAUUCAACUUUGGCGCUUGUGUUUCAGUUGGCCUUUUGUUUAGGUUUGUUUUACCCACAUUUUGAAAACGGAGGGUGAAAUCAUUUAAAUGUACAUAGUAACAAUUUCAUGGAUGAUACAGAGAAAUAAAAUGUCUUUUAGA